AUGGCCACCACCCUACCCCGCCCCUCGCGGCCGUCAAACGGGCCGCCAAGCAUGGCCCUACCAGCCUUGCCAGCAUUGCCAGUCUCGAAAUCACGGAAAAGCACAGGAGGCAUGCACGCUACUCCUUCAUCACCGACUCCGAGUUCUGCUCCAGGCAUCCCUCGACCCUCUGGCAUAGCGACCAACCCCACAACGCCUCGCACCAGCAGCCUUCGAGCUCCCUCUAUGAACCUGAACUCGACAACGUCUGCUCCAUCGUCUGCGCUGCCACAGCUCAAGGGUCUUGCCACGCCAGUCAAUGGCGCCGGCAAGACAUUGAGGAAGAGUGUUAGCAUCAAUUCCUUCCCUCACCCUCCUCGUGGAGAACAGCGAUCCAGCAGCCUCCCGCCCAGCCCUCUAGCCAACGAAAAGACGCCACGGAAUUCUCGCAAGUCUAAGCUGCUUAAAGAACUGCCAUCCCAGAGCGCCUACGUCUCCAGCACACCCAGCCUGCUCAACGGCAGCGGUGAAGGCAAAUCGAUUCGCAUGUCCGACGGCCUCAUUAGCAUCGGAUCACCGACACAGAGCCGUAGCUCCUCGGCCCAGGAUUCAUACUCAACCUCCGCCACCACCUACGACGAACCAAUGGAGACUCAGAAUCAAAAGACAGAGUUCGGUACCUCUACCGACACCUCAGAAGGCUUUGAUAAGCGAUCAUCCAAAUCCGAGGGCAAGGGAAACGUCGUUGUCAGUGUUCGUGUCCGUCCCGACACCACCGGAAAGGACCAGACCCCAGAAGGAGAAUGGAUGGUUGACGGACGCAAGUCACUGAUUUCAUAUAAAGGAAAGGAAGGAGGAGACCAUGUCUAUGACAAUGUUUUCACUACUCACGACAACAACUCUCGAGUAUAUGACCAUAUCGCCAAACGUCUUGUACGACGCGUAAUGGAGGGUUACCACGGCACUGUAUUUGCCUACGGCAUGACCGGAACAGGUAAAACAUUUUCUAUGCAGGGCACCGCCACGCAACCUGGUGUCAUUCCAUUGGCCAUUACAGACAUCUUCUCUUAUAUCCGUGAAACUCCCUCGCGCGAAUUCCUCCUUCGAGUGAGUUACUUGGAGAUUUACAACGAAAGAAUUCACGACUUGUUGAGCAUGCCUACCGGUGGUGGUGUAGGCGGCGCCCAGCAAGAGGAAAUCAAGUUGCGGGAAGACAGCAAACGCGGCGUGUACGCUACGCCGCUGAAGGAAGAAAUCGUGCAGAGUCCCACGCAGCUGCUGAGGGUCAUUGCUCGAGGCGAUCAGGCACGUCGCACAGCGAGUACACAAUUCAACGCCCGCAGUUCGCGAAGUCAUGCUGUUGUGCAGAUUGUCGUCGAAAGCCGUCAGCGCCUGCCCGCUGGUGCCGUUGAGAAUAGCAAACGCUCUGGGAUCCUGCCUGGUGGCGUCCGCGUUUCGACGCUUAGCCUGAUCGAUCUUGCAGGCUCAGAAAAGGCUGCUGAAUCCAAGGAGCGCCGACAGGAGGGUGCACACAUCAACAAGAGUCUUCUUACCUUGGGAACGGUUAUUGCCAAGCUCUCCGAGUGGAAGGACAAGGAGGGCAAAGCCAGUGACAAAGACGGCAAGCAUUUACCGUACCGUGACUCCAAAUUGACAAGAUUACUGCAAGGUGCGCUUGCUGGUAAUUCAUUGGUCAGCAUUCUGUGCACCAUCCAGAUUGGGGCAGCCAACAGCGCAGCUGCCGCCAACAGUCACACCACGGAAACUCUCAACACGCUCAAAUUUGCGAGCAGAGCAAAGAACAGCAUCAUCAGUCACGCAAAAAAGGCCGAAGAGGCUCUUGGUUCAGGUGGCGAAGGCGGUGCCAGAGUGCUGCUGGAGCGUUACCGCAUGGAGAUUGUGGAACUUCGACAGCAGCUGGAGGCGCAAUCCAAGAACAAGAAGAAGGGGCAGGUUGACGACGCUACUGAAAAGGACCGGGACGAGGAGCAAGAGAGAGCGUUCGAGCUCGAGGCGGCCGAGAGACGCGAGGAACAGAUGCUGGAGAUGCAGCUCGCGCGUACUGCGCUCAAAGAACGCAUUGACCACCUGAAUCGUCUCAUUUUGAGCUCGAAAUCAAUCGGAGUCAACUCGAGUGGCUCGCUCAGCUCGCUCAGCCAAUAUGCCAGAUUUUCUCAGCUCUCCUUGACGGGAUCUAUCCGAUCGUCAAUGACGACACAAAGCAACGGACGCGAGUCUUUUGGCGGCCGGGAUUCUUUUGUAGGCCGAGAGUCUUUGGGCGGACGUGAUUCGUUUGCAGGACGUGAGUCACUGGGUGGACGCGAGUCGUUGCUUGACAAGACCACAUCAGUUACUUCAUCGUCAACAAUUGGCAGACGCUCGAAUGGAGGGCGGAGAAUCAGCGGCGAGGGUGAAGGGGCAGCCGUGACGGAAGAAGAUGGCAUGGGCGAGUUUGGAGAUGGUAAUGCGUCGCUCACGGCUCAAAACCAUGCACUUCAGGCGGAUUUGGCGGACAAGAACCGGUACAUUGCGACCCUGGAGAAGCGACUUCUUCAAGCUCGCCGCGCGAGCUCAUCGAGAACAUCGGUCGGCCUUUCAGCACCAGGCAAGGCCAUUAUGGUUGGAGAGGAUCACAGCGUGUCGGCAGUGCUAAGGGAAAAGGACGCCGAGAUUGCCGAUCUCCGAGCCAGGCUUGAUGACAAGGACCGCAUGCUUGCAGCCCUGCGUAGUGCAGCACGCUCGCGCGACACGGCUGACGCAUCUGGCGAGGUGCGAUUCUCGAACCCCGAGGUUGAAAAGGCUGUGGCGGAGCAAACACCGAGCAUGGGCCAUGGACGACGGACCAAGAGUGUGGAUGAGAUGAGCAAGAUGCUGGAAGAAAUGAUCCAAGACCGGGUGGAGAGCGGCCAGAUUGUUAGAGGCGUACGAGGCAGCGUGCGACUUGCACCCGGGACGAAGCUAGAGUUUGUGGACGAGGAUGCGAAGAAGCUAGUGCCUCUUGGGCAGUCACCUCUGCCGAUUGACGUGAUGGCGAUUGUACCUGGAGGUGAAGUUGUUGGUGAGGCCUUGUGA